UACAUACGGAAGAGCCAUUAGACGCUGAGGGGGGAACAGACGCAUCUUCUCAGUGUAACGACGUAAAUUCGUCAGUUGGGAGGAGCCUAAAUGGGGGUGAUCACACUGGUAACCAUUGACUACGGUCGGAUAUAUGGACCCCUGCCUAAGUCAUCGGUUAUCACAGAUCCGGUCAGCCACAUUGGAUCACUAACCAAUCAGAAUGCUUGUCAGAGGAUUACAUUGCAGGUGAACCCUGACGAGGCCAAGGAAUUAAAUGAGCCAAUGGAAUGGCUAUGUUACAUACAUCCUGCAAAGACUGAGGAUGAACAGAAUAUGGAAGCUUACAUAAAGGAAGGUCAGAUCUAUUACAGGGCAUUAAGAAUGAUCAAAGCUCACGAGGAGCUCCUGAUCUGGUACAGCAAAGACUUCGCCAUGCUGAUUGGAAUUCCGGAGAUUCAAAGGCCUCUCAAUGGAGAGCCUGAGAACUAUUCCUGUCCAUAUUGUGGGGAAAACUUUGACUACCCGUUCCCUCUCAGGGCACACGUUCGCUUUAGGUGUCCUCAGAGGAGGGUUUGGUCGCAUGCUGAUAACUUCACCAAGAUCGCAGUACAUAAGAAAGAACGCAGGUCUCCACCAAGUUCCGCUGGCCGAGAAAAGACGAAGGACACAGGAAGCCUCGGAACUAAGUCUAGAACGUCCUUAACAGAUUAUCGCGGUUUGAAAAGGGAAGGUAGUGCUAUACACGAGACGGACUGUAGUCCUGAAAAAAGACAGGAGCGAGAAAGGCACGGCUCCAGCUCGAAAACUUUAACACCGGAACCAAAAGACAAGUCAUUCGAUUGUAACCAGAACAUAAAGUCUAAUGGCUUUAGUUCUGAGGAUGGUCACAGUGCUUUUAGAAAGGUGGAUAAACUUACCUCUGGGUCGUAUAAUAGGGCCUCGCCACUGGAGCCGCCCGUACCGGUCAGUUCUAGACACCUGAAACGUGGGCUUUCUCUUGUACCUCCUUCUUCCAUGGCUGGCCCAAUGCCCGCUCUGGCUGGUCACGGAGAUCCACAGUCCAAUCUGUUUUUGGACUCCAGACUUCCGGUCUACCCUAUGAUGCCCCACUUGCACCCGGCCAUGGUUCACCUUCCUAGACCUGGCAUGUUUGGGGGCAUUCCCAUGGGAGCUGCCGUGAUCAGCGGUGGAAUUUCUCAGCCGAUGAAAACGAAAAGAGACGAAAGUGAAGGUGAUUUGAAAAACAUUGAGAACAGUAACCCUAGUUUACUGAGCUCGUCCAAACCCCCCGUGAUGUUUGACAAACCCAGAAAUCCAUAUUCUGCUAUCCGGACUAUAAAUCCUAUGAUGGAGAAAAUGUUACAUCCUUCCUCGCAAACUGCCAUGCAUUCUCCAUUGUCCUCUGUGAACGUUUUUCAGAACUGUUGCGCUCAAUGCAGCGCCACCUUUCGCAUGACGAGCGAUCUCGUGUACCACAUGAGAUCUCACCACAAACGGGAAUUCGAUCCAAUGAAAAGGAAAAGGGAGGAAAAAUUAAGAUGCAAUAUCUGCAGUGAAAGUUUCCGAGAGAGACAUCAUCUUACCAGGCAUAUGACCUCUCACCUAUGA